AUGGCAAGAAGAAAGGCUAAAUUGUACAGUCGAUUUGAUGUUGCCACUUAUAUGCAAGAGAAGAAACGCUUAAGAAAAGAGACUGCAUUACCACACAAGACACUUGCGAAGAAAAAAUCGAAAUUAGACAGGCUUAUAUACAGGGUAAGUGCAUGUAAAAUGCUUUUUUUCCCGUUCAUAUUGGGAGGUGUAUCUAGGCAAAUUUAUUAUAAACUGCUAUUCAUAGAAAGUUUUCACGUUUAUAUUAAGGGCUCAUUUGUACAAAAAUUUACAUUGUUACCAAGAUUCAAGUAGUAGGAAGUUAUCCUUUAUAUUAAGAUUGAAUAACCCACCAGGAAUUAAGCCAUUAAGCUGCAUGACUCCCCUUGGCAUGUUGUCUUGUAUUAGACAGAGUAGAAGGGUCAUGACAGGUGCAUUUAUAGAGACAUCAGAACUCAAUGGGUUUACAAGGAGAAAUUUACAGAUUAGUAAAUUAACCCAUUAAGUUGCAAGACUCUCCUCAUGACGAGUAAAAUCAUCCGUCACCAUUACAUCAUGUACAUCAUAUAUUAUAAUAUUACUUUACAUUUCCUGCAGAUUAAGGAGGUCUCAGAAGAAACACAAAUAGUCAGCGGAGACCCCCAACCUGAAUUGCUCACUCCGCCUGCCAAAAAGAAGAAAACGACAUUCCUUUCUGAAAAAAAUGCAAAAGCAAGAUGUGGUAAUCCAACUGUUCUAAGUUCUAAUGACAAACCAGGGUUAUCUGCACAGGCAAUGGCAAGACGAAGAACAGAAACAUUUGAUGCUGCUUCAGAAAUCCAUGGGGCAACCCCCGAAAAUCCCUUACCUACUUCAGUUGGUCUUUUGGAUACAGUGGAAAAGAAGUGCUCACAGGAAGUUCUUGUCAAGUUUAUGUCGACUAGUAAGAAAUUUAAAAAUGUAUUUUCUGUGAUAUUUAAGACUGCUCCAGAUAACUUUGAACAAUCAGAGGCAAAUAAAUUCCGAAGUAUUGCAGUUUAUUAUAGUAAAGGAGUGAUGGGCAAGAGAAAAUAUAGAUCAACCUAUAGAAGUUUGUCCAUGAUGAGAAACCCAAAUGGAAAAAGUAAAACCACUCGUAUUAAAGUUCUGUCAAACCCACUGCCUAGACUACUUCCUUACAACAAGCUUGCUUCUGUGCUCAAUGAAAUUGAAAUAGGAAAGCUGUAUAGUGUUCGCGAUACUUUGUGUGAUGAUUUAGAGUGUGGAGAAAAGGUGGAUGGUUGUUAUAGGAAAUUGAUUGAGUUUCUUCCAAGGUUGGCACUAUUUUAUCUUUCUGCCUUACCUGCAUCUGAUAUAGAUUGGUUUAAUGAGCCUUAUACCUUUCAGGUUGCUAUUGGUGGGGAUGAGGCCCCAUUUGGGAAAUUUGACCAGUCUUGUGCUUGGUUAGUUAGCUUUCUCAACAUCGGUCAUUUUUCUCAUCAUCUUAUUUUUGGUAGCAAUUGUAGUGAAACAAGCCCAGCAGUUGCCAAGUAUAUUUCAAUGAUAACUAAAGAGAUUGAGGAAAUUGAAAAGGCUUCAUUUAACAUUAAUAAUAUGGUGAUCAAGUUUAAAUUUGCAGAGCUUCCCAAUCACAUGAAAAUGUUGGCAUAUCUAGCAGGGGAGCUCCCAAAUAGUGCAAAGUACUUUUCAACUUUUGGCAAUGUUUGCAAUGAUGAUGUUCAUGAUGUAAGUAAAACCUUUGGCCCAGCCUCCACAAAUGCAUGGAAACCGUGA